AUGAGGCUGAACUUCAGCGAGCCACCAACCCCGACGCUGAGUCGUCAAAACACCACUGUAUUCGGCCAUCACCAACGGCGCGGCACCCAUCCUCACCGAUUGUCCUCGCGCGCAAAGCCUAGACGAUGGCCACUUGUAUUCCGAUUCAUCAAAGGAGCAAUCCACGGGGCAAUUCUAUUCCCCGUAUUCCUCCAUGCAGUAUUCACUGCCUUGAUCGUGUACCUGGACACCUACGUCUUCGACACAGUCGGUCUACCCAGCACGAUCAUCCCCUCCUUAUCCAUAGUCGUAGGCCUAAUGCUCGUGUUCCGCAACCAAACAUCCUACAACCGCUUCUGGGACGGCCGCAACGGAAUGAACGCACUAAACACCUGCGUGCGAAAUCUAGUCCGCACAAUCGCAACAAACAGCUACAACUCCAAGCGCGGGCCGCCAACAGCCUCAGAGCGCGAAGACAUCGAGCGCACAAUCCGCAUCCUCAUGGCUAUCCCCUAUGCCGUGAAGAACCAUCUCCGCGCCGAGUGGGGAGCUGCGUGGGUGUUUGGUAGUUCUAUUGUUGAUGAUUUGAAUCAUCAUGGUGGUGGAACGCUUUAUAACCCCGAAUACGCGAACCUGUUACCGGCUGGUUUGGAGGGGCAUGAAGAUGAGGGUCUUGGGCUGCCGUUUCAGCUGACCUUUUUUAUUGAUGGGUUUAUUAAGCGGGGGGAGGAGCGUGGCUGGUUUCCUGCCCCUGGAGCUAGUCAGAUGCAGGCACAGUUGAAUACUUUGACUGAUGCUUAUGGGCGGAUGGAGACUAUUAAGUUGACGCCGAUUCCGGUGGCUCAUUUGAUUCAUCAAAAGCAGGUUCUUGCGCUAUUUGGCUGUGUUUUGCCAUUUGCUAUGGUUGAUGAGAUGGGAUGGUGGGCGAUUCCCAUUGUCAGUCUGGUUAUUUUCACGCUCUAUGGUAUUGAGGGGAUUGGUUCUCAGUUGGAGGAUCCCUUUGGUUAUGACCGGAACGAUAUCAAGAUGGAUGCCCUUGCUGGUGACUCUAAGACUGAGAUUGAUGUUGUUUUGUCGGAGUGGCGGACUCAUUCAAAGGCCAUGGAUGCUUUGAGACAUCAACCUGCUGGUGCUUAUCAUGGUGAUCUGUGUUUGACGCCGAAUCGGAAUGAUGGUGCUAAUGCAGAUGGGGAUGAUAAGUAUAUGCCACCGGACUUGUUUUUGAGGUUGAGGCCUAGCACUGGAAGGUGA